AUGGCUGAAGGUAGGAACCAAAGUAACAUUGUGAUGUUUCCAUUUAUGGCUCAAGGCCAUCUCAUUCCUUUCUUGGCACUUGCACGGCAAUUAGAGCUAAGGAAGGGUUAUACAAUCACCAUUGUCAAUACACCUUUAAACAUCCAAAGGCUCAGAUCCUCACUCCCUCCUGAAACAUGCAUACGCCUUGCUGAAAUCUCCUUUUGUGCCACCGACUAUGGCCUUCCACCUGACUCAGAAAACACAUAUAUGUUGUCUGAUGAUGAUGGUUUUCGCCUCUUGGAGGCCUCGGAAAAUCUUGAAUCACCCCUUAGGAACCUCCUUAUGGAAAUCACUGAACGUGAUGGCUUUGCACCAGUGUGCCUUAUCUCAGAUAUGUUCUUGGGGUGGACGGUUAAAGUUGCAAAUGAGCUUGGGAUAUUUCAUUCAGUGUUCAUAGCAGGGGUUGGCUACAGCAUGGCAAUUUACUUUUCCAUUUCUCUGAACACAUCCUUGUGGCAAACAGAUGACGAGGAAUUUUCCCUGCCUGAUUUCCCUGAAGCAACCAAAAUUCGUCAGACACGAAUUCCCAAUGCUCUCAAAUACAUGGAUGCUGCUGAGCCCUGGUUUGGUUUCCGUAAGCGUCAGUUCAUGUAUUGCUUACAUUCAGACGCAAUCUUAUUGAAUACCAUAGAGGGGUUGGGACAAAAUGGUGUAAAAUAUUUUAGCAGGAAAACAGGGGGAAAGCCAGUGUGGACAAUCGGACCAGUCUCGUCUCUCAUGAUAAAAAAUGAAAGACUCUCAAGCAAUGCUAAUAGUUACUCUGAAUGGCUCAAUACUCAUCCACCUGCUUCAGUACUCUAUGUCUGCUUUGGAUCACAGAGCUGUAUCUCACCUUCACAAAUGAAAGAAUUGGCUAUGGGUUUAGAGGCAAGCAGCAAUGCUUUUAUUUGGGUUGCUAGGCCACCGGUGGGGUUCAUCUUGACAGAAGAAUUUAGAACUGAAUGGCUGCCUGAUGGAUUUGAGGAACGGAUGAAGAAAUUGAAGCGGGGACUAUUGGUACAUCAAUGGGCGCCACAACAGGAAAUUCUGUCUCACGUAUCUACGGGUGCAUUUCUUAGCCAUUGUGGUUGGAACUCUGUUCUUGAGAGUCUGUGUCAAGGUGUACCAAUAAUCGGGUGGCCACUGGCUGGAGAGCAGUUCUUUAACUCUCAUAUGCUUGAAAAAGAAGUAGGUGUUUGUUUUGAGUUACGAGAAGGGAACACUUCUGAAGUUAUAAGACAUGAUCAUAUUGCAAGUGUCAUCAAGAUGGUUAUGGACAAGACAGGCAAAGGUGAGGAGCUGAGAAGUAAGGCCCAUGCAAUCAGAGAGAAGAUGGAAGAGGCAAUUAGAGAAGGAGAAGGCUUUAAAGGAUCAUCUGUCAAAGCUAUGGAUGAAUUUAUCAGCACUGCCACGUCAGGGAAAGAAGUUUCAUACCCUCCAUGGAAGUAG